AUGGCGUCCCUAUCUCCUCGACUCUUCACCCGCUGCCUUCGCGUGCGCCAACCCCACCCAUGGCUCCUCUCUGCACAGCGUUACGCCUCAACCAAACACCCGUCCAACUUCACACCACCCUCACAAUCCGACCUCGACGAACUCCGCGAAUCCGUCCGCGACUUUACACGAAGAGAGAUAUCAGGAGAUCUCGCCGCUCGGACAGAUAAAGAGAAUGAGUUCCCCAACGACAUGUGGAGGAAGUUUGGCGAGGCAGGCUUCUUGGGCAUAACGGCGGACGAGGAGUUUGGUGGCUUAGCCAUGGGGUAUCAAGCGCAUUGUGUCGUCAUGGAGGAAAUUAGUCGGGCGAGUGGAAGCAUAGGCUUGUCAUACGCAGCGCACUCGCAGCUCUGUGUAAAUCAAUUAAUGCUAAACGGCUCGCCGGAGCAGAAGAAGAAAUACCUCCCCGGCCUCAUCAGUGGCGAGCAAAUUGGCGCGCUGGCCAUGAGCGAACACUCUGCUGGUUCAGAUGUUGUUAGCAUGAAGGCGACAGCUAAGGAAGUAGACGGCGGAUACUUGCUCAAUGGCACCAAGAUGUGGAUCACAAACGGACCGGACGCCCACACAAUCGUCGUCUACGCGAAAACCCAGCCCGAUGCUUCAUCGAAAGGCAUAACAGCGUUCAUCGUCGAAACAACCGCCAAAGGCUUCAGUGUCGCCAACAAGUUAGACAAGUUUGGGAUGCGCGGCUCCAACACUGGCGAGCUUGUCUUUGAGGAUGUAUUUGUGCCUAAAGAAAAUAUCUUGGGCGAAGUGAACCGCGGCGUGCGCGUGCUCAUGGAAGGCUUAGACUUGGAGCGGUUGGUGUUAAGCGCUGGACCCUUGGGCCUUAUGCAGGCAAGUCUUGACACUGUCUUGCCGUAUACGCACCAAAGAAAACAGUUCGGUAUACCCAUAGCACAUAACCAGCUCGUCCAAGGCAAACUCGCAGACAUGUACACCAAAUUCCGCGCCUCCCAAUCCUUCACCUACACCGUAGCCCGAGCGGUCGACGAAUCUCACGCCUCCCCCGAUAUCAGAACACAAGACUGCGCGGGCGCUAUUCUAUAUGCGGCAGAGAGAGCGAGCGAGGUAGCAGCUGAUGCGGUGCAGUUGAUGGGUGGCAUGGGAUACAUGAACGAAGUCCCUGUGGGCAGGAUAUUGAGAGACGCAAAGCUGUAUGAGAUCGGGGCUGGGACAAGUGAGGUCAGGCGGAUGGUCAUUGGAAGAGCGUUUAACAAGGAAUAUAAGCAAGAGAUAUGA